AUGGACAGCAGGGAGAAUCAGCACUUGAAGUACCUGGUCUGGGCAACACAAUACCCAGCCCUCAACAUGACAUCAGAUGAUCACCCUGGAAUGCAGUGGCAGCUACGACCUCAAGAUGUCGGCUCACUCUGCUACCAUUUAACGGAGGACAAUCAAAGGAACCACGGUGAAGAAACGGAAUCACAUAUUAUGGCAGUCUAUCACCACGCUGGAGGUCAUUCCCACCAUCCGGUUGACCACAGUGAUCGGGACCCACAACGAGAAAUGGUUGCCAUCGAACUUGUGUUCCUGCUUCUGUGGCAUAUAAGAGAUCUUGAAUACUCCAAAGAGAACAUUCUAUCGAAGUUGCUUGCGAGGCUGGGACCGAGAAAGCCGUCUGGUUAG